UGGGUUUCUUUUUUAACCUAAGUAUAUAGUUUGAAGAGAUCUAGUUAAAACCUCGUGAUAGAUAGAAAAAACGAGAAGAAUUAGUUUUUUCUCUUUUCUCUCUCUCUAAAAUAUAUCUCUUUUUCUUUCUCUAUUUGUUUUUCUGUUUCCUCAUUGAAAGCAAACACGGAGGAGAUAGAUUCUGAUACAACUACUGAAUAAUUUGCCUUGUUUUCUGGCAAACUUUGCAAUUAACUUGUCACUACUGAGAGAUUUUUGAGUGCUGGUUAUUGAAUUGUAGAGGUGUGUAUGUAUUUUGUUUAAUUUUGUUUAUUUAUUUUGGUUUUAUGAAUCUAGGUCAAACAGGUUAAGCUAGUAAGAUCUGAGAGAGAAACGAGAAAUUUUUGAAAUAAAAACAUGUGUGGUUACUAAUGUUUUUCAAAUAACUCUGUGUAGUUUUGAAAAUCUGGACUUGAUGUUUGUUUGGAUUAAAAUGGUGUGCUUUUAAAAGGAGUACUACAUUUGGGGUUUGGGUAUUAGAAAUUUCUUCUUUUUAGUUUUUUCUUCUAGGCCUUUUAUUUUGGGGAUGUUGAGAAUGAAAACUGAAAUUGAAAUGGAUUCUGGUGGUGCUGGGAUUUGGAGUGAUGAAGAUAAAGCUAUGGUUAUAGCAGUUAUGGGGUCUAGGGCUUUUGAAUACUUAACAACUAGUUCUGUUUCUUCUGAGGGUUUGUUAACAACUGUAGGAAGAGAUGAAAAUCUGCAGAAUAAGCUUUCUGAGUUGGUUGAGAAUCCUAAUUCCUCCAGUUUCAGCUGGAAUUAUGCAAUAUUUUGGCAGAUUUCUAGGUCUAAAUCUGGUGAUUUGGUUCUUGGUUGGGGAGAUGGGUAUUGCAGAGAACCAAAAGAGGGUGAAGCACCUGGAGCUAAUCCAUUUCUUAAUCUUCGUCUUGAGAGUGAAUCUCAACAGAAGAUGAGAAAGACAGUUCUUCAAAAGCUUCAUAGGUUCUUUGGUGGAUCAGAUGAGGAUAAUUAUGCACAAGGAUUGGAUCAAGUGACGGAUACAGAAAUGUUCUUCCUUGCGUCCAUGUACUUCUCUUUUCCUUCUGGUCAAGGGGCACCUGGUAAAGCUUUGAGAUCUGGAAACCAUAUAUGGCUCUCGGAUUCAUUGAAAUCGCCGUCCGAUUACUGUGUUCGGUCUUUCCUCUCAAGGUCAGCAGGGAUUCAGACUACUGUUCUUAUUCCCACCGAUUCUGGGGUGAUUGAAUUAGGAUCAGUUAGAUCUAUUCCUGAGAACUCAAAAAUGUUGCAACUGAUAAGAUGCAUGUUCACAUCGAAUUCGGCAAUCAGAGUUAAACCCAUUACGGUGGUGCCUAUGAUGAAUGAGAAGAAAGAUGAAAACGGCUGUCAUUCCAAUUUUGCAUUCAGAGGACGACAGGACGAAUACCCUAAAAUUUUUGGGCAGGAUCUGAAUCUGGGAAGGUCUCAGAUUAUUGACAAGCCAAUUGUUGAGAAGGUGGAGGAGAGGCCAUGGGAUGUGUACCAAAAUGGCAACGGGGUUUCAUUUCAGAACAAUCGAAAGGGUGGUUUUCGUGGUAUGAAUUGGCCACAGCUCCGGGGAAUGAAACCUGGGACGGCAACUAACUCGUACAGUUCUCAAGCCCCAGUAAAUAAUCAGCAGAAGCUUGGUAAUAGUAUCUUGGUGAUGGAGGACCAUCGGUUGAAUCAAAUUCAGUCCCAGAACAAGCAACUACCAAAACAUAUUGAUUUCUCUGUGGGAGCUACGUCAAGGGGAAGUUUGGUUACUCGACCAGUUGAACUUGAGCCAGCAGAUGCUGAUGAGCAAUCAGGUCCAGCUGAUGAGCGGAGACCAAGAAAGCGAGGAAGGAAACCUGCAAAUGGAAGAGAAGAGCCACUGAAUCAUGUUGAAGCAGAAAGACAGCGUAGGGAGAAACUUAACCAGCGGUUUUAUGCAUUGAGAGCUGUGGUUCCCAAUAUCUCUAAGAUGGACAAGGCUUCUUUGCUCGGAGAUGCCAUUACUUAUAUUACUGAGCUUCAGGCUAAGCUCAAAGAGAUGGAAUCAGAGAAAGAGAAGCUUGGGACCACAUCAAAAGAAGUGGCAAAUUCUGAGGCAAAUUCAGCAGCAGAUAAUCGCAGUCGAUCCCCAGAUAUCGACAUUCAAGCUGUUCAUGAUGAUUUUGUUGUACGCGUUAGUUGUCCAUUGGAUACUCACCCUGUUUCUAGAGUCGUUCAGGCGUUCAAAGAUUCACAAGUCACUGUGCUGGAGUCAAAAUUCUCUAUAGGAAAUGAUACUGUUUUCCACACAUUUGUGGUGAAGUCUCAGGGAUCUGAACAACUGACAAAGGAGAAAUUAAUGGCUGCAUUUUCGCGUGAUGGAAGCACCUUAUAAGUAAUGCAUUAGAUAGGUAGUGGGAUUAUUUUCCCUUGUAAUUUCUUAGAAGAAUUAGUUUGCAGGAGGAAGAAUCCAUUCGAAGGCUUUCGCCGUGGUUGUAUUAUAAACGACGGAAUGUUAAAAACUUGGGUUUAGCUGGAAAGUAGAUCUUCAGUUUGUUGAUUGCCUCAGGGAGUUCACUUCUUUCGUGUUGAUGAUUUCGUGCUAACUGAGGGACCAUUCUUGCAAAUCUAGUACCUGAUUUAAAGCUCGGGGAGGACAAUAUAGUAGUGUUUUUCUCUUUGCAGUAGUUAUAGUUCAAUCUAUUUGAUUGAAACUCCUCAGUUUGUAGCUAAUCGCAAUGGAAGAAGCAUCAUGGGAGAGUGAAAGGGUCGAUCCUACAUAGGUAAAUUUAUUCAUGUCGACUGGUGAAACCCAAAUACUUAUUUAAGAGUAAUUUUGUAGAUCUUUGAAGAAAUUAUAGAUAGAGAUUAUACAUACAUAUAUUCAGAAGAAGAAACUAUGAAGGUUCCUAUGGAGUUCGAUAGAAUUUUCCUGAAUUUGUGUUCAUUGUGCUUUGCCAAAUAGCAGUUAUGAACACGGUGUACUAUUUUUGCUAUUGCUUCCCCUAGUAAAGUAAGAAUUUAACUGCGCUAUUUGGUACUGGCAAUUACUUCCUAUAUUUGAACAUUUUUUUUGAAGUA